AUGCCUUGUCACAGCUUUUCCCUCUCCAACCCAAGAUAUUACAUAUCAAAGGCUGAUGACUUGUGUCAAUUACCGGAGGAGCAAAUCCGCCAAAUUGAUAUAGAUUUGAUCCCUUUCGACAAUGUUCGAGCUCGCACAAUUAUCUCAUUUGCGAAGUUGUUUAAGGAACAAAGAUUAAGUCGCGAGAGAAAGGGUAUGCCCCCUGUCCCUUCAAAAGAUAUAUUCAAAAUAGCCGACGAUGCAGUUGUCCAGGUCGUGGAAGAGAAUGGAUUCGAUGACUUUGACUACUCAGAUGAUGAACGCUGGGAUAAAUGGGAUGCAGAGUAUGAUCGCCGAAUAGAUUUAUUGAUAGAAAGGUCCACUGGCGGUCAGAAGAUCAUGGAUAAAUGCUUGAUGCCUCGCUUUGAGGAUCUGGAAUUACAUGGUGCUACUCAUCAGCAGAUACAACAAUCAUACUAUGGGUACAUAGAAACUGAGGGCUUGGCUCCGGGAUUAGAUGUGGGCCUGUGUCUAGUUGCUGAUACUGCUGCUGUGAAGUCCAUGAAUAGUGACCUGCCAUGGGUGUACGCGUUGGAUAUGAAUUUUAAUCAUUCGAGCGAACUUUAUCCUAUGCUUACAGCUAUGCCACCUGCGGAGCUUUGGGCCCAGGGGGAUGAGAUAUGGCAGUCAGCCGUUUAG